AUAACCAUAACCUAGUAUUUGAUAUACUCACUGAUUCACACGUGUUAUAUUGUGUUUAUAACGGUUAUUUAUAAUUGCAAUAAUAUUCAUUCUCAUAGUUGGAUCCUAAUAAAAUAAAAUGCAGCACGACGAUGUUGUGUGGAGUGUUAUCAAUAAAUCAUUCUGUUCCUUCAAAGUCAAUACAAAGACACAGCGGUUCUGCAGAAAUGAGUUCAAUCUUACUGGUUUAUGCAGUAGAGCUGCGUGUCCUCUUGCAAACAGUCAAUAUGCUACGAUUCGAGAGGAAAAUGGUAUUAUUUAUCUGUACAUGAGAACAGCAGAAAGGAUACAUACACCUAAAAAUAGUUGGGAGAAGGUCAAACUGUCUAGGAAUUUUGAAAAGGCGAUACAGCAAAUUAAUGAAAAUCUACUUUACUGGCCUGGUUUUAUAAAGGCAAAAUGUAAGCAAAGAUUUCUCAAAAUCACGCAGUAUCUUAUUCGUAUGAGAAAGUUUAGUUUAAGACGUCAGAAGAAAAUUGUACCGCUUCAGAGGAAAAUUGAAAGAAGAGAAAGGCGUAGGGAAGAAAAGGCUCUGAUUGCUGCGAAAUUAGAAAAUGCAAUUGAAAAACAGCUUAUGGAAAGGCUGAAGAAGGGGAUGUACGAGGGUAUUUACAAUUUCCCGCAAAAAGUGUUUGAUAAGGCUGUAGAGGCUGUUGAAAUUGAAGGAGAAAGUGAGGCAGAAAGCGAACAGGAAGAAGAGCAGGAAAAAGAACUCGAGAAGGAGGUGGAGAUGGAAUUAGAAAUGGAUGAGAGAGAAACUGAGCAAGAUGGUCCGGAAUACGUUGAAGCUGAUAGCGAUGAUGAUGACUUCGAGGAUGAUGAGGAUGACAUUGAAGAGCUUUCUAUGGAUGAAGAUAGUGACUCUGGACAGAAGGAAGAAAUUGAAUUAUCAGACAACUUUGAAUCCGAACCUAGCGAUAUUGAGGAUUUAAUCAAGCCAUCUACAAGCAAGAAGACAAAGGGAUCAAAAGUUGUCAAAAAAGGAAAGAAACCGCGAGCGAGAGUGGAAAUCGAAUACGAAGUCGAAGAAGAAAGUCAACAGAAUAAACGGACGCGUAUAUAGCAAAAUUGUACUAUAUAAAUAUAGUUAUCUUUAUAAUAAAGUUGCAAAACGCUUCA